CGAAGCUUGGCCCACUUUCCCGUCACAAUUUUGAUUGUGCGAUUCCGCGGUCAGAGAAAAGAUUGCGAGGCCCAGCACGACCUGUGCUCUGCUCAAGGGCUCCGCAUCUAUCAACCGUCGAUCGGCGUCCUCGCUUUCAAAAAAGCGUCAAGCGUACCUGUGACCAGCACUUUUAAUGGAGUCUUGGCAUUGUAAAAUUCAUGUCAGGGAGCCUGUCGGGUAAGUUGGCCGGCGGCUAAGGUGGAUCUCCCGUCGUGUGAGAAGCAUAAGAAGCGGUCCUCGAUCCCACUUCCUUCUCUCCCCCUCUCCCUGUCCGCUACCAUCAUCCUCAAGGGCUCUGUCAAGAUGAAGAGCACACUCCUGUUCACAUCGAUCCCCCUGCUCCUCCUCGCGCUAGCGCAAGCUUUGAUCAUAGACGACAACUACACCAAUUGCAUCAAGCUCAGCUUCUUCGUCGUGCCGACACCCGCGGAACUGGCCUCCUCUGACGGCGUUGUCGCCACACUGUCCUACAAUGCUUCUCUCGAUGCGCCGACGCUGUACAACGGCUCCUACCUUUGGCGGGACGCAGCGCCCGGCAAUUCUGGCUUGGAUGUGGGCGUCACUUUCUUCAAUCAGUCGGGCGAGUACUGGAUCCAGGACGGCGGUGUUGAGAGACAAUUCAACACAUCGGCAUGGUAUACCAAUGACCCGUCCAAGGACCGGACCUACCUCUUCGUCUACCUCUUCAAUCAGACGGGCACCGUAGCCAACUCGAAUGUACAGCCCAGCCAGCAGACGCCUCUGAUCAACAGCAAAGGAAUCUACUGCGACCAGUACUGGACCGCUGACGGCAAGCGCCUCACGCCCUCGUAUUCUUCUCCCAGCCCUGGCCACUCUGGUCUGUCAGGCGGAGCCAAGCUCGGCGUUGUCCUCGGAUGCGUCCUCGGCGCCUUUUUGCUGUUCUUUGCCCUCGUCCUGUUCCUCGUCUGCCGGAAGAAGCGAACGAGGUCGCAGAGGUGCCAGGAAGCAUACCCGAGUGCCCUGGGCAACGAGACUGAGCCAAAGUAUAGCAGCACCAGCACGCCAGCAGGAGCAGGGGCAGGAGCACCAGGCUCGUACGAAGCAGGCCCUUCGAGCAUGCCAGCGGGCCCCAGCGACCAGCGCGAGGGCCUGCCGUCGUACUUCUUGUCGGCCUUGGGCGCCCGAAAGAACCAGGGUGCACAAAGACCAACAGCGGCGCCUGAGCCCACGGUCACAUCCCAACCGACGACUGUCGCAUCGCCGCCCACAACUGCUACGUCUCCACCGAAUGUUACGAACCCCACGACUGAAGCGCCGCCGGCUUAUACCUCUUGAUUGUGCCCUUUCCCUAUGUACCGUCCAUUCAUUACCGGGAAAGUGCUGUAUAUAACGAUUUCUGCAAUGACUGAAGAUGGAA